GGGGCCUUUGGUGCUUUGCGCCCCCAACUGGCCUCGACGGGCCGGGAGGUGCCGCUUUUCCUGGGUCUGCGGUGAUCCCCUCUGCCUGGCGGCCACCGGCCCUUGAGGAUCGCCCAGCACACAUUGUUCCCUCCGCACCGCUCCCCGCGACGCGGCCCGUCCCUCUCCCCUGUCCCCUCCCUCCUCCGCCUCCAGUCCCUCUCCCCUCCCUCCUCAGGUCCCUCCUUCCCUCGUCAGCGGGCGCUGUAUAAAUCCCGUUCUCCGGCGUAUCCCCGUACCGCGGGAGACCCUGGUACUUUGGCCCCUGGGGAAGGAGCCUGCCACCACCGCCGCACCGCUGGGACUUGGCGUUCCCUCCGCUGACCGCCUUCCCUCCCGAACCCGCCUAUUUCCUUUCGGGGCUCCCUCGCACAUUUCCUACCGGCCUCUUCCCUUCGAUACCCGAGCCAGGAUGUCGGAAAAACGCGUCGAGGAGACGCCGGCGGAGCUGAGCGCUAAGGAGAUGAAAGAAAAGAAGGAAAAGCAUGACGAGAAAACAGUCCACAAAGACAAGAAGAAGGAGAUAGUAGAGGAUGAGGAAAAUGGAGCUGAAGAGGAUGAGGAAGAGAAUCCUGAUGAUGUGGAUGAAGAAGAAGGUGGUGAUGAGGAUGAAGAAGGAGAUGAGAAUGGGCAGGAGCAGGAUGGUCAUGCAGAAAAAAGAUCUGCAGAGGAGGAAGAGGACGAAGUGGAUCCAAAGAGACAGAAAACAGAAAAUGGGUCUUCAGCUUGAGUCCUUCCCUCCCAUCUCCUAUGUUCCGUCCAUCUCCUCUUCCAUUCCAGCCUGUGCUUGCGCUGUCUGUUAGCCUCUGGCUUCACACAAUCUCAGAUGAGGAAAGAUUAGAAAUGCUCUCUAACAGGGAAGACAGCAGUUUCCUUCUCACCCAAAGACCUAGCCCACCCUUGACA